GAUGGCGUACUGGCAUCAUCAGUCAAAGGGGUUUAUUACCUCAUUAUGCUUCAGCUAAUGUCACGGCUUGUUACAUUUGUACUUCACCAAGUCGUAUUACGAUUCACUUCAGCCGAGACCCUCGGGAUCGCGUCAGUUCAGUUCGAACUUCUCUUAUCCACCAUUCUUUUCCUGUCGCGUGAAGGCUUCCGCUGUGCAUUGUUACGUAGAAUUCUCGAUACAACACCCGAGGGUGUAGAGCAAAAAACAACGAAUGUAUCAUAUAUCCCAACCUGCCUUGGCCUCAUAACCACCAUUUUGGCCUGCUCUUAUUUCCUGUCUUUCGAUCAGACAUGUCCUCACUACCACCUCUCUGUCAUUAUAUUUGGUGUGGCUGCCAUGGCAGAGCUGGUUAUCGAGCCUCUUUUUAUCCUUGCUCUCCAAAGACUUUAUUUCCAGGUGCGCGUCUCUGUCGAAGGUGUUGCAGUUGUGCUAAGAUGCUUGGUCACAUUUGGACUCACGAUUUUGGGAAGUCGUGGCAACGGCGAGAACACAUACGGUGUUCUGGCCUUUGCAAUUGCUCAACUGGUUUUUGGUCUUACAAUGAUGGUUGGCUACCUUGGAUUUUUUGCGAUGGAGGUCUCAAAGGGAAACAUUGCACUCAGAUCCCUCUAUCCUCUCUAUUGGUUUGAUCGCACUCUAUUAGACCUUUCCAUCACCCUUACUAAGCAAUCAUUACUGAAGCAUAUCCUUACAGAAGGUGAUAAGAUGUUGAUUACUGCUUUGAGCACAGAUGACAAUCAAGGCAUAUAUGCUUUUGUGGUGAAUUAUGGCUCCCUUGUGGUACGCAUCCUGUUUCAGCCUUUGGAAGAAACAGGCCGUACCCUAUUCUCAAAGGUUCUCAGCGUGUCACCCGAUCAGAAAGAGAAUUCAAUUACAACUGUAACUGAUGUACUUCUUGUAAUCAUACGGUUUCACGUGCUACUUGGCUUACUGUUUGUUUGUUUUGCCACAAACUAUACAAGCACGCUCAUUGAUUUACUGGUAGGCAAAGAGUGGUCUACAGUGCGAAAUGCUCCGCAGGUACUUUCGGCAUAUUGCUUAUAUGUGCCAAUGAUGGGUAUCAAUGGCAUUACUGAGGCGUUUGUUCAAUCUGCUGCAUCUUCAUCUGAUCUUACUCGCCAAAGCUAUGCUAUGAUUGGGUUUUCAAUAUGUUUUAUGUUGGCUGGAUAUUUGUGGAUGAGUGUUUGGGACUUUGGGGCUAUUGGCCUUGUCAUGGCUAAUAUGGUGAAUGUGAGCAUCCGUAUUGUCUACAGUCUCCAUUUUAUU